UGCAGCUUCACAAAGAGAGAAGAAGAAAAAGCAUCCGGACGUCGCUCCUUCACGUGAAGUCCUUCUUCUCACCGGAGAUUUGUGCCGUUCAACCGGCUGUUUACCAGAUGCGAGCGGACUCCCCCCGUCUCCACCAAUCGGAGCGCAGCGAGGCUUCGCGGAGAUGAAGCUCAGCGGAGAGACGGCCGAACGGGACAAAAUGUCCAGAUGACGACAGACGGCACCGAAACAUGCCGACAUAGCAGGCUGAAGGUUUGAUUGACGGCUCGGCAACAACGACACGCCCCCCCGCUCGCCAUCCGUCCAGCCAUGCUGUUGAGGAGGAAGCUGUGCGUUGGCGUGGUGAUCACAGCCAUCCUCUUCCUCAUGCUCGCCAGUCAGAGCAUCCAGAGGAGGCACUUCCUGCCUCUGUCCAUCAGCUGGGCCACGCCCACCGGCAGGGAGACAGUCGUCGAACCCACAGCGCCCCCUGCUGCUCUGACCCCUGACCCUCCCAGGACCCCCCCUCCUCCUCCCCGCACCGCCCAACCCGAAGCCAAGCAGAAGCCUGCAGAGGACUCCCAGGACGACCCGCGGUCGUGCGGUUGUGCCGAGUCGUGUGUUUCCGACCUGGGGAAGUCGGACUGGUUCAGCCGACGCUACGACGCCGGGCAGCAGCCGGUCCUCCGGGACGUCGACGACGACUUUGACCCCGAGGCGCUCAGAUGGUGGCUGAGUCUUCAGCGGUCCGGGAACGACCAGUCUCUGAAGGAAGUGAUGUCAGAGAUGUUCAAGGUCAUUGCCCCGCCCACCGUGGACUUUAGGCCCCUCCCCUCCACUUGCCGGAGUUGCGCGGUGGUCGGCAACUCCGGCAACCUGCGACGGUCCGGAAACGGCAAACUGAUCGACUCCCAUAACUCCGUGAUCCGGAUGAACAAGGCGGUGACCGGAGGAUUUGAGGGCGACGUGGGGAAUCGGACGACGCAUCACUUCCUGUACCCGGAGAGCGCGGUGGACGUGGCCCGCGGCGUGCGCCUCGUCCUGCUGCCCUUCAAACUCAGAGACCUGGAGUGGCUGACCAGCGCGCUGUCCACCGGACAAGUCAAAAUGACCUACAUGAGGGUUAAAGAGCGAGUGGAGGCGGAUAAAGACAAGAUCCUGGUGGUGAACCCGGUGUUCUUCAAGUACGCUCACGAUCGAUGGACCGAGGGUCACGGUCGCUACCCGUCCACUGGCAUGCUGGCCAUCAUCUUCGCUCUGCACACCUGUGACCAGGUGUCCGUGUUCGGGUACGGCGCCGACCAGCAGGGCAACUGGCACCACUAUUGGGAGGAGAACCACUUCGCCGGGGCCUUCAGGAAGACCGGCGUCCACAGCGCCGACUUUGAAACGCAGAUCAUCCACCAGCUCGCCCAGGAGGGCAAAAUCCGUCUGCACCUGUGACGCAAUCACACUGACCUCCUGACCCCCUGACGGGCCUACAGCGAUUAUGAUUACCGUUAGACCUCAGAACUGAUGAACUGACCUACAUACAGACCCACAGACCUGCUGACUGACCAGCAGAUCAUUCACCGCUUCAUUGUUGUGAUCCAAGAACCGGCUGCGUCUCGUCUGGUAUCCAGCUGAGUCCAGUUCAUUGGCCAUCUUGUUUUUGGGGUAAUCAGACCCGUGGAAAUCAGACGCUGUUGGGCGGCGGCAUUUUUUUUACGCUCCCGAAUUACCUGUGGACGGGCCCAUUUGGGGGUGGGAGGAGCUAAACUAAACAUCUCCCCCUGGUGGGCGGAGCUCAGAUAUCCAUCCUGCUGGUUUUAAAUGAGUUCCGGCUCAACUUGAAUACACACUGAUUCUUCUUUUUUCUUCGGGACGCUCCACUAUUUCAAAGAACGGACAGACUGUCUGCGACGGCAAGGAUUUACCUUAAGCUGGGAAACAACCACAGACCUUUUAAAUAUUUACAGGUAUAACCUCUAUUAUUAUUUUUUCCACUAUGAAAAGCACUUUGCCCUGAAGAAGAGGAAUUGGCAUAAAGAGCCCAUUUUAGUUACAAAGACGUUUAAUAUUUUAGGGUCCAUUUAUUCUCACGGUAAUCCGUCCUGGUCUCGGAGAUGCUCUUUGAACCGGCAACGGGUCGAUGGCUUGGAGAUUUCUCUCACGUCUACAUUUUUUAAAUAUUGAGCUGAAGCACUGGUUACCGGACAAAGUUCAUGGCAAUCGGUAAAAAGUUAAACUCUGCAACAAGAACUUCAGAGUUUAUUCGUUGAACUUCAUGGAAAGUCGCGACGUAACGACGAGAAGACUGCAAGACUUUGAGCUAAAGAUUUAACCAACAAAACUUAACGAGGAAAAUGUGUGUGUGUGUGUGUGUGUGUGUGUGUGUGUGUGUGUGUGUUGCAUGGAUGAGUGGAUAAAUGAAGAGCAAUGUAAAUCCGACCAAAAAUACCAUCCAACCACAUGAAUGAAGAGUGUAACCAGUCCAGCAGGGGGCAGUCCAGUCCAGCAGGGGAAAGUCCAGUCCAGCAGGGGGCAUACCAGUCGGCCGUCUCCUGGACUGGAGGUGACAUCAUGCAGAGGGCCGUCCCACCUGUACUGAAUGUCUGUGGCUUUGUUCACACUGAGAAAGUUUGAGUCUAAUGAAAGUCAAAUUUGGCUUUUAGAACAUAUAAUUUUUUUUAAUGAAUUUCGGCAGUUUUCUCUUUCAAAAUGUCCCUUUUUUAAAUGGUUUUUUUUCGCUAUAAAAAUCUAUAGGAACUGACCUGGCUCAUAGAAGAGUUUUCCAUAAACUAACUUUUACGUGGGUAAUUCAUCCAUUUUUGCUGCUCAUCAAGACCCAAGUCCCACCAAUUUAAUUAAUUGUCUCAUAAUGAGUAUACUGAGAAAAGAAACAUUGGUUUUCCAUGAUACUUAAUACUUAAAUUAUAGAAUUAACCUGUAUGUAUGACUGAAACAGGUCAAUUAUAUUUGUGGUAGUAAACGGUCUUAAAUUGAACUUUGAUAAUUAGGUUGAACACCAAACUGCUUGUUUUGUCUGUUAGCUAAAUUAAUUGAUAUCAAGCCUGUAGAAGCUCAUCUUUAAAGUCAUUGAAUUUGCUUGUAUGUACUCGUGAGACUUUAAAUCAACUUAAAGCUCAUUGAAGAGUUUUAAAAGGCCGUGGAACAAACUGACACACAUUGAGGGAUGAGAGCGAUCCCUUGGUUCAGUAAGCUCCGCCCCCCCAGCUGAGGGCCAGUGAGGUGACACGACUGUGGCGAGACCCCCCCCAAAAAAAAUCUACCUGCCUCUUAUGAGUUUGCAGCUAUGAUUGUAGAACGGGAGAUUUCCAUGUAUUAUUCUUUUGUGCAUAAAAGCAUCAAAACGUUCAAAUCGAGAAAAAGAAAAAUGCCUUUUAAAAGUGAGGUUGUGAUGUCAUUACACACACACACACACACACACUCUGAGUACCCGGCUGCAGAAGCAGACCACCCUUCAUUUGACGCAGACCGAGGCCUCUAUAAAUAAUCAUGAAUGCUGAGUCAUCAUCUGGAGGCUGAGGCGUUAACACGGCUGCAGUUUAGAGUUUGACCCGGUUUGUCCAACUUCAAACGUGCCGAGUCAGCAGAAUCUGAACCAUCUGCAUCAGCAGCAGCAGCCCUGCAGAGACCCGAGCCGGACUUCACAUCCCGACGAGUUCAAGUCAAAAUGAGUGACUUCCUCACACUGAAGGAAAAAAAUGAAAUCAAGUAUGAAUCCAAAGGUGUGCUUAUUAGAUUUUUUGCAGUCUGGAAAUUUUUAAUUUCCGUUAGGAAUGCAGAAAGAUGCAGAAUUCAAAUGAAAAUCAACCAAUCAUGAAGUACGUUGAGUUAUUGUAGCUUUAAUUCAGCUAAUGUUUAAACUGUGACUGUUGAUGGAAGAAAUGACAUUUCCACUUCAAUGUAUUCCUUCAUUCACAAAAGCAGACGGACAGAAACGCUGUGAUGUUCAGACAGAAACACCAACCGCUGUCUGUUGAAUGGAAUAAAAGAUUUAACUCAA